AUGGAUACUAAAGUCAGUGAUUCUAAAUCUCCAUCGAAAUCAAUUAAGCCAAGCAUAUAGGAUUACAUUUCCAUAGGUUCUUUAGGAAGAGGAGCUUAUGGAGAAGUUAUCUUGGCAUAAAAAAAAACUGACAAUCAAUAAGUAGCUAUAAAAGUCAUUGAUAAAAAAUUUUUAACUCGAGUAUUCAUUUAUCAAAGAACUCUUAGGAAUAAAAAUAAUACUAAGUUUAUAUUGAAAGAGAAAUGCUUUUAUACCUUAAACAUCCAGGGAUUGUUUAGUUAUAUUCUACUUUUUAAAAACCUGAAAAAUUAUAUUUUGUUAUGGAAUAUUUAGAAGGAGGCGAUUUUGGUGACUUUUUGAAACUACAUAAAAGUAAAAAUAGUUGAUAACUUUAAAGACUUAAGCUUUGAAACUUUGUAGUUUUAUCUAGCCUAAAUCGUUUUUAUUUUGGAGUACAUACAUUCAAAAGGAAUUGCACAUAGAGAUUUGAAACCUGAAAAU